AUGGCCCAGUGCCGCAAACUCUCCGAGGCCCAGAUCCUCGAAUUCUAUGAUCGGGCCCAGAAUAGGGUUUGCGAGAGUCUCUGGGCGCAGAAUAAGGCGUGGUCGUACUCGGCCGCGGCCUUCAACUGGGAGGUCGAGAAUCUGGCCUGGAGAAGCAUCAGCAAGGUGCAUUCCACAGGUCCGACCUCCCCUUUCGCCCAUCAACACCCCGGUGGCGCCUUUGAGCCACCUUACAGCAAGGCUCUUCUCGAGUUUUGUGUGGCCAAGCAAGAGGAGGAGAAGCGUGCCAAGGCCAAGGCACUCGAGAACUUGCCCCUCGAGACGGGUUUCGGCCUCGUGCCGGACAGAGAGCUGACCCUGGACAGCCGUAGGGCCGUCUGGGUGAAGCACCUGUCCGACGCCGAGAUUCCCAUCUCGGAGGGAUGCGAGCCCGGUGAGAUCCCCCUGCCGGAGGGUAUGGUCUCGUUCGACAAGUUUCUGCCGCGCACCAAGCCCGAGCUCGCGGCCGUGUUGCAGAAGGCGUCCGUUCUCCUUGGAGGCAGGGAGUUCGCCGUCGUCUGCAACGGUCGAGCAGACGGUACGGUCACGCUGGCGGUGACCUUUCAGGAGGACGUCGAUCCGGAGGAUCUCGGGGUGGUCUUCCGCUUCAAGGAGGUCUACCUGGAUCUUCACGAGUGGGUUUUCGAGCUGCUCGACCAGAAAGCCACCCCGCUCGGCGACUACCUGGAGAGGUUCGCCACCUAUCGUGUGCACUGCGGCGCCAAGUAUAGCCGCAAGGGCACCGCCAAGAAGAUGGCCGACCGGUUGAAGGCCAACGAGAAGGUCAUCGCCGAUCGAAUGGCCCAGCGGGCGGUCGAGGCCAGCGACAUGGCCGAGGCCAACGCCAAGGCUGGCGAGGCGGAUGAGCCCGACGAGCCCGAGCCACCCAUGGCGGUCGGGGAGUAUGGAAGGCUCCUCGAUGCCCAGAACCGGGCAGUCUGGCGCCUCGCCAAGCUCGAGCUUGACUAUGUGGUCAAGACGAACAGUCCGUCUGACAACCUGGACGAUUUCCGGACGGCCUUGGUCCACUUUGUCCAGCCGACCGAGCCGCGACUGAAGCCGCUGCCGACGUGGGAGCUUCAGCAGCUGGCGAGCCCCCACGCAAGGCAGUGCGCCGAGUUGUGGAUUUUGAGCCUGGUCACGAUGUACCAGGCCAGACCAUGGGAUCUGCAGAACAACCUGUCGGAUUUCGUUCUGGCGGAUGGUAAGGAGGGCGAGCAUGGCGACUAUGCUAAGCUUCUGAGCCGCUCUGCUCGUCUCUCCGUCCUGCAAGACGGACUUGACAACCUGGGCUCUGAGUACGCCUGGGUCGCCAAGGCAAUCCUUGCCUGGAUCGAUGGCUGGUUGAAGCCUGAGAUCCAGAAACGGGACCGCCAGGAGGCCGUGGAGCAUGAGGCGGAGAUGGGCGCGCUGCGCCGCCGCUUCAACGCCCUCGGUAUCCAUACCGUCACCAUGGCCGCGAAUGCCGCCGGCCAGACCGCUGAGCCCUUGAGCUGGGCCGACGAAAUGGAGGAGGAACAGGGCGCCAAGUAG